AAAUUAAUUGAGUAGAAUAUAUUUCCUCAAGCACUUAAUAAAAUGUUUAGGGAUAUUAUUUUUGCCUGCGCAUUGGAUGGUGUAGCAACAGGUUUGGAGAUUGCGACGGGAGUAUUUCAAUCUAAUAAGGUGAGGAAUGCGGUGAAGGAUCCGUCGAGUUCGACUGAUUGUUAUGCGGGAACGGAUGUUAUCAUUUUUUGGAUACCUUUGCUAGUUGUAGGCUGUUGUGGUGUACUUGCUCAUCUAAUUGCUUGCAAGUAUGGACGACGCAUCUACCGCAAUCGUGAUCCUCUCCCCGAUAAACAGAAGACAUAUGCAAUCCUUUUUGCAAUAGCCGCUUGUUUCGCAUUUGGUGUGGGAAUUUCUAUGAUUGUUAAAGGGUUUGUUGUGCUUGUUUCGGGUAAAGAGGUGCGCUAUUCUAAUGGACACUGUUCCAUCGUCAGCCCCUGGGAUGUGGUGAUUACAGCAUUUGCUUGGUUUCUACACGGUGGAUUUGUCGGUCUAGCAUAUUACACAUUUCGUGAUGUCUCUGCAUGACACUACAAGGAAGAUAUACCAAAUGUUAACAGGAACGAUCUACAAGGGCCGUUUAAUUACUUUGAGAUUUGAGAGUCCCUGUUUUGAAUGACAAAUCGAGAUCUGUAGUAUACCUAAGAUAAAUAUUUUAUAACAAUGUACUAUCUCUGUACCAUUUUGUCUUGUUUUUAAUUUGAUAUAUUUAUUAAUAAAUCGGUUGGAAAGUAGA